GACCAAAUCUAAGGUUAUGGGUGUUGUAUCUAGCGACUGAAAAAUCUCUCCUUCUGUGUCUCGUGCCUCUCUUACUGUCGCUUCUGCUUCAACAGCUUCCCUGAGAAAGAGCUUUCAAUUAUGGUGGAGCAGACUGAGAAGGCAUUUUUGAAGCAACCCGAAGUGUUUCUAUGGAAAUCUAGGAAGGGAAAGAAAACUGGAAAGGGUGGAAAUCGAUUCUGGAAAAGCGUCAGGUUUGGUUUUAAGACUCCCAAAGAAGCUAUUGAAGGAACUUAUAUUGAUAAGAAAUGCUCCUUCACUGGAACUGUGUCCAUUAGGGUUCGUAUCUUAGCUAGAACUUGCCACAGUGCCAAGAUGAUGAGGAUAAGGACCAUUAUCAUCCGUCGGAAUUACCUUCAUUUUAUAAAUAAAUACCAAAGAUAUGAGAAGAGACAUUCAGUUAUUCCAGCACACAUAUCUCCAUGUUUCCGUUUGAAAGAAGGAGAUCAUGUUAUUAUUGGGCAAUGGAAAUUAGUUUCUGUAUCUCCAUGUGAUUCAUUUUUAUAUGAUCAAAUGGAGGCUAUGGUGGCUGCUACUACUGCUGAUACUACUUUGAACUCACAGAAUGACGAUUCAUAAGAGAUCUCAGUCAAUAUGAAUCGUCUAUACUUGGCUAUUGUAGGUGGAAAGUGAAGCGGCAUGUGUACGGUUUGGACUCUCAUACUUCAACUUUGUACCUAGACUUAUUCAGUAGCUCUGCCACUUCACAUAGGACAGCUACGGUGACAAAUCAUGUUGCUGAUGAGCGCAUUAGAAUGCUUGAGAAGGAGAUUGUACGUAUGAGAGAAAAUCAAGAGUGAAUUCUCUAGCAAUGUGUUAAGAAGGAGGUAUUGCGCCUCAAGCAACAGAGUGAAGAGUAAUCUCACUCUAUGCAUAAGGAGAUGAGAUGUAUGAUGAGGCAAAUGGUGUCAUCAUCUCGCCCUUCAAGUGAUUUUGUUGAUCCCCAUGAUCAGAGCACACCAAAUCUGCAGCUUGAUAUUAUUUAUACACAUUUGCUAACUGAACUUAUACGAUUAACUUUAUACUUUUAUAUAAUAUAUGGUAUUUUUAUUUACUAA